UCGCAGUUAUCAGACUCUGUUGUAGACAGGGGUAUGGACUCGGGAAUUGAGGGAAGUGAUGGCCUUCGUGUUGAUGAUUGUAAGUGAAAAGCUCAGUUAAUACUCGUAAAAAAAACCCCGUUAUGUUUCACUGUAAAAUUAGAGUACCCAUUUCUAGUAGUAGUAGAAAACGACAACGAGUACUCAUCGACAAGUAUUUAAAUAGGAACCUUAAAGUAUGUUGCCUUCGAAACUGUGCAAAAGGUUUUAUGUAAAUUUUGUAAAAAUGCAUUUCUUUACGCAAGCUGAAUUCACGCCUGUUUGUUUCUUUUUUCCUUUUCUUUUUUUUUUUCGCGUUAUAGAUUCUUCAGAAACUGAUCUUGAACCAGUUUCUACGGCUUUAUCUGCUCCAAGUGACCUUUCAAACGAUCCGUGGUUAGACAUUCACGAUACUGCAAGUAAACGGGAUUUGCCUUUAGAGGUCAACCCCACUACUUCUUCUCAGGUAAAUCAGUAAUUAAAAGUAGUUAAAAAAUUUUCUAAUAGUACGCCAUUCAUUAAACUAAGGGCCUGUUUACAUGGUGGUGGGGGAAGAAUUCACGUCUAGAAAACAGAUGUUUCUGUUAGUUUCCGGCGGCCACACAUGGUGUUUCCAUACAAAGCUUUAUAAAUUUAGUUAAAACGUUUUUCCCGAAUGUCUUGCAUUUCAAAUAUUGUACAGACCUGAUUCUUGGUAAGGCUUUUUGUAUAUUUAUCUUCUUUCAUUUCCCAGAUUCCAGACUUUCUGUAUUAAAUGGUUUGCAUUUUUAUUUUUCAUGGCAUGACGGGCCCUAAGUUAAUAACUAUGAGAAGCAGAACUGAAGUGCAGUAACCCCCUUCUUGAGUAGGCGUUUUUUUCUCCAGUUCCAGUAAUUUCCAACGCUUAGUCCUCUUCGGCUUUCAAAAAUUAAUAUUUUCGAAACACUACCACUCCUCUACUGAGGGCAAGCUCGCUCACCAAAUUCUGAAUUGUGAAUUUCUAUUUUCACUAGAUAUUUGACACAGGCAUGCAGAUCUCAGGCAGAAAGGAAACAAGUUCCUGUGGAACAGCCGAUGAUGUACCUGCCUUGUUGUCGGAUCUUUUUGGAAGUACAUUAAUGUUUUUAAUACUUUGGUAUUAAUCUCUUUACAUAACCUAUAAAAGAGAGCUCUACAGGGUGUCCCAAAAGUUCGUUCUUCUACUUUAUAAGUCUGUUUACGCAGUACGAUUGGACUUGAUCUGCAAAUGAAUUAAACAAAAGCAGUGACUUUCAAUCUAAUUUGAUAUUUCAUACUUCUUGUGCCAUCUUUUGGUCCGAAUAUUCGAUUUCUGUAAUUUCUCUCUAAAGGUGCGCUGCGCGAGUAAAUUUUCCCGCCAUAUAUUUUUUGUAUUUUGUAGCCCGAAAUGUUCGAACUCCUUCCUUGUUUUUUGUGAAUAUCAUGAAAGAUAAACUCUCUAAACGAAAAAACGCUCAGCUAGGUGAGAGCAGAAGCAUGUAUUUCUAUCUACUGGCUUAUCAGUUAAAGAAAUUCUUCCAAAUAUGGAAAACUCCGAAUGUUGGGUGGUAAGAGAACUGAAGGUUUUAACGACAAGAAACGAGGGGGAAGACCGAAAGUCCUGAAUAAAGCCGCUAUUAAUUAUUUUCAGUCUAGAGCGGGUUCAUGAAAAGCAAAAUUUGGAGACCCCUGAGAUGGCAAAAAAAACCCUCUACUCCGCCCGCCAAGCAACGUUCAGCUCGCCUCAAAUUUGUUUAGAAGUACAAAAGCCUUACUAAGGGGCCGGGAUGAUUAUAUUUUCCUGGAUCGAUGCCCAAAAUAUAUUGUUUCAGCUGCCUAAUCUAAAAAAUUAUAUUGUUUGGGGGUCGAAGUAGUUCCUGUAUACUAGGUGAUAAAAAGGUGAAAAUGAGUCAACUUCUGAAUACCAAUACUCGAUAGUGUAAAAUUAAAGUUUUGAUCAAAAGUUUUAGCUCAUGGAAUUAGAGGAACGAGCUUUUGGGACACCCUGUAUUCUAUAACUGAUUUGAUUGGAAAUCGAAAUAAAUUUGAUUCACUAAUUCAAAUCUUAAGAAGGUUUAAGAAAUAUACGUUUUAGUAUACAUGUACUUGGUCAGGCAGUUCCAACAGAGGCUUUCAGAGAAUAGAGUAGGCAUUUUGUUUAUUUGUUUUUAUAUAUUCUUCUUUACACUUAGCUACGAUAUUUUCUCAGAACCAAUGCUACAGUGUUUACUAAACUGAGUUUUUUUGUUUGUUUUUGUUUUUCUAUGUAGAGAUUCAAGGCAUCUGUCCUUCAUUUGGAUCUGUAAAGGUGAUUCCCGUCCGUCAUAUAUAUAUUUUACCGUCAGCCUUAGCAAAAAAUUAAGCAUGCCUCCUGCGUGGUAUCAUAAAAAGUAAGUAGCCACCAAUCGUCAGUAAAUUGUCGCCCGUGUAUGUGGGGAUUAAAAGGUGGGGAGUUCUUGAAUGUGUAACGUUGCUCUUGCGGUUCAGUUUUAUUCCUGGUUUAAUAAAAUGUUGAAACCGUCCUUUGUCCUCUUGUUAGCGUUUCCAUCAAAUUAAAAUUCCUUGCAUUUUUUGUUUAGCAUGUAUAGUAUAUUGCCACAGUGUAUUUUCAAUGCCAAAAGCAAAUAUUUGUUGCAGGGUGGAUUCGAGUUCAAUAUAUCCCUGACUGAGGCGUUAAAAGACAAUGUUAAGAAGGGAGUAGCAGAUUUUGGAGGGGUGCCUGUUACAGUAGACAAGAUAAACCCCUUCACCCUGUCUGGAAUUGUCCCUGGUAAGUAAAAGUAAAAACGUACUAACUACAACAAAAGUAGUCAAGGAAAGGACUGGACUAAACUUUACAGUCCAGUUACCCGCCUAGGAAUUCAUAAUGUACAGAGUCUCUGCCCUGUGGCAGCCCAGUAAUUGCAUGUAUUAUUGUUUCUUAAUAUGUUAUUAUUUGUAAAAGCCACGGAAUUUAUUACAUGUGCAGGGGUUGUAAAACAGGGCCUACAAUUUAUUUUUCUUGUCCGAAAGGCUGAAAAGUCUAACCGUUUGCAGAUGUCAUUACAAAGACAGCAAUUUCUCCUCACUGAACACUCAAGAACUUUAUCUGUGGGGGCUGCAAAAGGAAUUAAGUUAAGCAUGGUGCAUGGCAUAAGUGUUUGCUCAUGUGUCUUAGUGUUAUUUGAUAUUUUCAAGACUAUGCCUUUUUCGCAUUCAGGCUCUCAAGCGCCUGGCGAGGUAACAGUUACUGUCAUCACAGAUUCUGGUCAAGACCUCGGAUUUACAUUUUUUAAAUACGUAGACGAUAUGGAAGACUUGCUCAAACAGCUAGUGAAAGAUCGUUUGCUGCAAGCCAGGUAUUUUGCCAUGUUGUCGACAGAGUUUGCCUUUGGGAACGUUACAAGUGGCAGCAGCAUUUCACAAGUCCAAGGACUAGAAAAUGUGCCCGACCAUGGUAAGACAGCCAGAUAGUCUUCUAGUGUACUUGAAGUACCUUGCGGAUCAGCAAUAAUGAUAAUUGUUUUACAAUUUGGUCAAAAUAUCUCUAAGUUCUUAACAAUUUUAUCUCCUGUUAGACUCCCCUUCCCCCCGGACUCCUUCACUAAUCAUAUUAUGAUAAUUUUCUUUAACGUUCUUUUACUAUUCCAGAUUCUUCAAAUCUAUCAAAACAACAACAAUCAGUUAAAUUUCUUCAACUGAUGGUUUACAAAGCAGCGCAGACAAAUGCUCAAGAAUUUAUGGAAAUGGUCUUCAGUACUUCGGCUGGGCAGGUUUUCUUUAACUCCUACAAGGACAGAACACCAUUGCCUGAAGAUAUUGCUCGAGCAAAUGGCCAUGACGAAUUAGCUCAGUACUUACACGAUGUAUACACCAGGUAAUGUGUAAAAUUUCAUGUUGGUAUCCAAGCGGUCACUUUGUUAUUUCACUGUCACCCUCGUGUAUCGAGGCUUGUCUAAGAAAUUGGAACAACAGAAAAUAACAUUUUGCAUUCAUUUUACAUUCUUCUACUCAGCGAAACAAAUCAAAUCGUGGCAAUUUUAAGAAGCAAUUAUUAGAGAGGGGGUAAAGUAAAUUUUAAGUGUCCUAUUGUGGGGAAGGGGAUAAGGGCUCUAUCGAGGUCUUUGGCCUCAAAUUUCCUAAUUUGCAGUUGGCUAUUGGUGAGCUAAACUACACUAAACUAAACUACUAAUAUUUUUCAACUGUUCACUGUUUGUGAAAAAAUACUUGCUAGAGAUGUGAGCCACGUUUUAACGUUUCUGUGAAAUUGUACAUGUACUUACAGGUUGUCCCAAGAUAAACAUUUUUGCUCCAGGGCAAUUGACUGGUCAGAACUUGUAGAAGCAGUGCAAAAACAAUCUUGUAAGUAAAAGUUUACAACAUUCUCCUUCUUGUUCAAAUUCAUUGUUUCCAUGCUUAUUGAUACUUUAUUUUUCCUUUUUGUCUGUUUCCUUUAAUUCUCGUUCACAAACUACAAAUCUUACACCACUAGCUCAAAGGGUUUCAGUUACAACGUUAGAGUUUUACUUAGCCUGAGAAUAGCAGCCGAAAUUUCGCGACGCCUUCACUGAUUUCACCACGAAACGACGUCUGAGAAACGGGUGCAGAAAUUCCGUACUGAUUACGUGUCACUACCCAGAUUAGUGUAGUGGUUCUGAUUGGUUGAAGCAAAUUCUCCUGAAGCCAAUCUGACGUACUACCCAGAUCUGGGUACUGACGCGUCAUCAGUGUGGAAUUUCUGCACUCGUUUCUUAGACGUCAUUUCGCGGGGAAACCAGUGAAGGUGUCGCGAAAUGCCGGCUGUUUUCUCAGGCUGAGUUUUACUUUACAUUCGUGUUUUAUAAAGUAUAAAAGAAAGUGAACCUAGAAUAUAGUUAACCCGUAAAGCAAACAAUCUUGGAAGGAAUAGUUGCUUUUUUGUAUUUAAAGUCUUUGCAUUAUAUUCUGCAGUGUUAAAAAUGCAGUUUCCCAGCUGUUUUAGUAAAUAGUUCUUGGCAACCAUUGCAAAAGUGCAUCGUUAAUGAUUUGUUAUUUCACUUGUCUCAAUUUUCUCUCAGCGGCAACUGAUGAGUCAAUAGCACGAGUUGACCAGUCUGAUGAAGAUGACGCUGGCUCAAGUGAUUAUUUUGCUGAUGCUGAAACAUCUUCAUGUACAUCCUUGGACAGUGACUUAUCAUGGCCUAAAAUUUCAGAAAACAAGGGUAGGUAACCCUUCCUCCACUUUACGUGUGUAAUAACCGCAGGUCCCUCUCGCCCCCCUCCACCCAUGUCUGAUUAAAGGUGACUCCGAUGGAUUUUUAGGUGUGAUUCCUCCCAAGUUUGAGCAUUAACUACUCGCCAUCAUCAAAGGUAUCUGAAAAAGGUCACUUCAGCUAUAUUACGUAAAGAUGAAAAUUAAGCAUGAUCCGUCAGGUUUUUCUUUUCUUUUUUUUUUUUUACAUCAGUGUGGCCAUGGCAAUGUAAUGCCGCCAUUACGUAUUUCACUCGACUUUGUAGUUAAGAGGUACCUAACUAAAAUCCAUUUAAGCCACCCUAGAAAUUGAUUGUUAGUUCCCUGUGGCAUCGUGACUAUCCUGUGCGGAGCAGGCAAAAUGCUUUAAAAAAUUUACUGAAUAGGUUCAACUUUACUUCGCCCCUGAGCCGCCUGUAACCGCCCGUGCGGAUCCACGUCCUUUCUACCCUUUGUGACGUCAUCAGUUUUAACGGUGAAGGACAACUUUGUCUGCUAACUUGGGCAGAGUGAAGAGAUCUUUCAAACCAUACCAGAAUGAGCACAAUUUAGUCAAGGACAGCGGAGAAAGAAGCAAAAAACCAUGUGACAUUGACCUGAAAAUCUUCAUGAAAAUCUUGUUCUAUUGCUCACCUACCUUUCCUUUCACCUAAUCCUAAGAUCCUAAAAGCUUUCCUAAAAACUCUUUCCACCAAAACGAAGCCUACUAAAUGCCCAGCAAGAGAAGAAAAAAAUGAGGCAAGAAAACCGAAAAAAAGAGGGGAGGAGAGAAAGCGAAAAGUAAAAGUCAAUUUUGCUUUCUGUGCAUGCCCAAACUCCGCAAGCUGACUUUGCAUCUGGAUCAGAAGGCCGCCAAGUGUACGACCUGUAAACCGGUUUGUGGUAAGUUUUAGCUCUUUAUAGCAGGACAGUGACCAGAAAACCACUCGACUAGCUUCAAAACGCGUUUUUCGGCAAACUCUCUAGGAGCGAAUGGGUUAAGGAAGAUAUAACUUCUCUAGUCAUGAUCUCGCUUUUUGGUAAUUUUCAAGGAUUUAAUUUCUGUUGAACUUUUAUUUUUCUAAAGAUGUUUCUGGUGCCAGGGACACUGAAAACCAUGACCCGGGUUAUGCAAAUGGUGAGCCUAAAAUUCAAGAUCUUGGACAAGGUGAUAUUUGGUUAUCGACUUUGUGUGAAGUCAACGCAGCACAUGACAAUGAUUCCACUACCACUUCUUUAAAGAACACAGAGGUCGCCACUGGAACACACCUUAAAGACCCAAUUCACGUGAGUACUUGACGCGGGUAUUCGGAAAUGUCGGUGAUACUUAGGAUACUAUUUAAGCAAAAUUCAGAGAAGGGAAUAGUUGUUCCGUCGUAGAACACUGGACUAUUGGACGGUUAGAAGGUUCGAAUCCCGAAACACGGAUCAAUACUCAAAAUCCUUAAAAGUAACUGGGAAGUGAGGGUACUGCCUUUGUCCUUCAAAGGUUAAUUGACCUUUACGUGGCUGGGAUGAUCACUUAGUUUUGGGGUUCGUAGUAGAAGACGAAAAAACACUGUUCACAAUCGUUACUCUCUUGCUAAAUUCAAUGACACCCUAAUCAAGCGGUUUUUUUAAAGUAUUUUUUUAGUAUAUUCUAAAUUACCAUUCAAAGAUAGGAACAACUAUCUCUUUUGAGACGAAUCACAUCACAAGUCAAGCAUGCUUGUUCAGCUCUUAAACAGCUCCAGCUUGAUUUGGCUAGUUCCUGAUGUGCGCUCAUCAAACAAAGUGGCAGGUACAUUUUUAAUAAGUGUUGUUUUUAUUUCUCAAGCGUCAUUCAUUUUAUCAGCUGUGUCAUACAGGUAAAACGUUUAUCUACUGGAGGUUUAAGACCGUUUUAACCUUUAUAUACAGCUAUUUCAAGAAAGGUUGUCGGAAAAAAUGUGCACGCGACAAUCCUGAAAGGUAAUAUGGGAUAUGUUCAAUGCACUGUAGCUGUCAAACCUACUUUUGUUGCUUUCCUUUAGGACUCGCAGACAUAUAUCCACGGCCUCUCCUGGCAUUCUUUCAAAUUUCUUUGAAAAACAGUGAACUCCAAACCACCCACAAUACCUUUCGGGGUUGUCGCGUGCACUUUAUCCGACAACCUCUCUCGAAAUAGCUGUAACCUUCGUUCUGUUUCUCUUACACAACUUUCAAAAUUGCUGAAACGCAAUGACCGUAUUAAACCGGUGUAUCACCAUGAGGAAUUAAAAGGUUCAUCUCAGAAUCAAAACAAGCUGACCAGUGUAUUUCAUUUUUGUUAGCAGUUGGAUCUAUUUUGUGGCAGUUCAGAGAAAGGCCAAAAAUCAGACAGGUGUUUGGAUUCGACAGCAGGUAAGCACUGCUCGAGGGUUUGACAGUUAAAUCAUCAUCAUUAUUUAUCAUUUAUUUAUAUAGCGUAGCCUCAAUUAAUGAGUUUUUGUAUAAAAUUUCAAAUACGUAUUUCAUGUAUAACUUACAUAGAAAAAAGAAAUUUGAGCAAGCUUGAACGAAAACAUGAUAUUAAGUUGCUAAAACUCAAGGUUACGGAUAUGAACAAAAUCAUCUCUUUUUUUCCUGUUAUAUUCAGGAGCUUCUUGCUUAGUAAAUAACAACUGCAUAAAAUUAUUUAGUACUGUAUAUUUAACAAAAUACAACUUAAAGAAAAUUACAAGAAAUUAGUAUAUACAUUUAGCCAAGCCUAAAAGGGAAGCUCCCUUAAAAUACUUACUUUAAAGCAUUGCAAACAAAUGCAAAUUUCUUUUUUUUCUGUCAGUUAUAUGUACAAAAUCGGGCCUGUAAAUCGUAGCGUCUAAGUUAGCUUUUAAAUUAUUCAUCACAACAUUUGACAGUAAUGUUUACUCUAUAGCAUUAUUUGUUUGCAACUGACAGAACUAGGAAAGUAAAAAAGUAAUCACUUUUCUCUCCUGAAAUAUCAUUCAUUCAAAAUCUUUCUCCGGUUCGACUGUUUGUUCCCUCAGUUAAGGUAGCGAGGUAGCGUUAACCAAAGUUAGAAAAUGUUUGCUGAUAUCCCGAAAAGGUACAGCAGAAGGCGCGGUAAAUUAGCUGUUUUGGCAAAACUGGAGAAAAUGGUUAAAGAUUUCACACGUAAUGCGAAAAACAAAUGCCCGCCUAAAAGUAUACUCAGAAUAGCAAAAAUACAACGUGAUUCAUGACGACUGGUACACACUGUAUUUGAAGAAAAUCUCGAGAAAAUAAACAUCCUCCCACUGCCUAAAACAAGCAGUUCUAUAGACCCCGACAUACAUCUGUUUAGCAGUUUUCCGUUUUCAUUUUAAGCAAUAGAAAACGUUUUCCGUGUUUGUUUUCGACGAAGUCGAGGGUUUGCAUAACCGUCGAGAAUUCUCCCAACGCCUCGAGUGUUUAUAUCAGGCUAUGCAAACACAGGAAAACAGUUUUCUAUUACUUUUAUAAAAUAACGUUCCCUAGAAAAAAACGCAAAACUCUUUGUAUAGCACUGAUUAAAAGAGACAUUCUUACCAGUCGCAAAAUCUUGUCCACGAAGUCUUGCACGCGUAAUCAGUUCUUGUUUUGCAAAAAGAUGCUUUGCAAAAUACGGAUUUUUCUCGCUUAAAAUUUCAGCUUAAGCGAAGAAAAAUUGACUCACCUUCUUUGUAACGAUUUUCCAUGUUUCAGCCGACGAAGGAAUGAGUAAAUAAAGUAAACUUGUCGGGUUUUGAACUCGAAAACUUUUUCAAAUUCGUGCUUGCGUGAUUAGCGCGCGAAAAGCCAAACAACUUGACGCCACAACCAUGUUUACAUACUCUCAUGCAAACACUCCUCUCGGCCAAUCAGAGCGCGCGUACUAUCUUUAGUUAGUUAUUUUAUAAAAGAUAAUAUAUCAUUAAGCUAUCGUAAACUAUAAUUAACAGUUAAUGAAUGAGGCUGAGUAUCUUAUGAAGAAUUAUGGAGAUCGAGGAGGGUGUUAUCCGUCGAGGCCGUAGCCCGAGGCGGAUAACACCCUCCGAGAUCUCCAUAAUUCUUUAUAUGAUACGAAAGCCGAAUUCAAUAACUCUUUUAUUAUUCAUUCAAAAUAAUUCCUAGUUUAAAACAUAGCUAAAACAUGCUUACCUCCAUCGAUCCAUCGAUGUUCAGUUCAUCUUCGAUAGUGUACGUUUAGGUUUGUCCAGCUCCGCAAAUGUCCUCCAAAUAGCAGAUGUCGCCCUUCGGGUUGUUUUCUUGCUGUUCUUGCCAUGUUUUUAGCUAUUUUUUCGCCUAGUUCUUACUCUUGAAACGAGUGAAAUGUGCGCCAUUUUUUCAAGUUCACACUAAAACAACUCAACCUCGUCCCCAGGUCUUCUCGGUUAACGGUGCCUUAACCUGCGAAAACGCUGCAUUUUUGACGUCAUUUACCCGUUAAAGUCAAAAUUCUUCCAAAUUUGGUCGUCAGUAACUGGUUAUGGUGAAUUAAACGUGUGCUUUUAGCCAAUCAGAAUCGGGGAAAUAUUUUGAAUGAAUAAUAAUACAACUUAAGGGCACUGAAAUGUACCAGACUGCUCCAUUCUCAGACAGCAUCGCGAACAGUGCUUUUUACUCUGUCUUGUUAAGACUUUAUUUCCCUUCGCAUCUUUAAGUUUAACAUUUUAUUUUUGAGCAGCCUGUACCUCAGAAGUGGGACCAAGGGGCAUGGAUGCGCAUCAGAACCUGGCUCUGGUUGAAGACGAUCGCGUUCUUCGGAAUCUACUUAUCUGCGAGGAGAAA